AUUUUUUAAUAUUAUUAUUAAAUAAAAGCAUGGUAAAAAUAUCACGACGGUUGAGUCUAGCGUCGUGUGGUUGAUUAUGUGAAAUAUUUAACCGAGAAAAAGAGCAGCGCCAAGAUUUCGCCCUCCCCCCACACCUUUCUACGCCCUCGCAAAUUAUUUCAGUCCGCAGCCAGCAGAGCCUGGAGACCAGCGACGUGUCGAUUGGACUUCCUCGCCAUCGACCUCUGCCAGCGAGAAAGAGGCAUUCUCUUGCUACCUGCUUGUCUUUUUGUCGGAUUCCUUUUCUUAUUGUCGGAAAUGGCGGACAGUAUUGAGGAACGGCUCCGAAGCCAUGCUCAGGCCUUUGAUGGAUUACUGUCGUUGAUUCCUGCAAAAUAUUACUACGGAGAAGAUACAACGGAUCAAUGGCAGCGCAAGAAGCAAACAAAGGAGGAGGCUCGAAAUGCCAAACGUGCCAAGCUCGACCCUGAUUCCUCGAAAACUGCAAAAGAUGUAAUGGACGAAAAUGCCAGAAAGAGGAAGAGAAUGGAAGAUGAAGGAGAAGAAGCACAGCCAGGUUCCGAUGGCGAUGACGGCGAUGGAGAGCUAGGAACAGAAGCACCUAGGGAGGGCCUUGUUCGUGGUCAGAAGAAGCAAAAAAAGCAAAAAAAGGGAGAGAAAUCGGAAGAGGACCAGACUAAAGAUAAAGAUGAAAAUGAAAAUGUAGAGGCCCGCAGGAAACGGCAGGCAGAGAAAGCAGCGAAGAAAGCCGCAAAAAAGGAACAGAAGAAAUUGAAAGCAGCGGCCAAGUUGGAAAAGAAAAAGACGGCCAAGUCAAAUGCACAAGGAGAUUCCAAGGAGAGCGCGGAUGAGGACACUUCUAAAGACCAAAACCAACUGAAGCGCCACCAGCCUACUCUCAAUGGAGCACCUAAUGUUUACGAUGCUGAAGAAGUAGAUGAAGACAUUGCUCCUGUAGAAGGAUUCUCGGCUCUACAAGAUACCGAAGACGCAGAACCGGCAUCCACAGCUCCAUCAUCACCGGACCCUAACUCACAACCAUUUGAUCCUUCCAACCCACCAUCCGGAUCUUCCUCCAUCUCCUCCAUUGCCCCACCCGUAGCCCCUUCCGACACCGCAACAAAAUCAUCAACCACCACACAAUCCUCAAACGACGACACUAAAAAACCUAAGAGCCUAACCCCAGAAGAACUCAAGCAGCGAUUACAAAAGCGCAUAGAAGAACUACGAGCUGCCCGCCGCGCCGAUGGCUUCAACGGUAAACCCGCCCGCAACCGCCAAGAGCUCAUCGAAGCCAGACGGCAGCGCGAAGAACAGCGCAAAGCCCAUAAAAAGGAACUCCGCCAAAAGGCACGAGAGGAGGAGCAGAGGAAGCGUGACGAGGCCAUUGCACGACGAUUCUCCCCUCGUGGCUCUGGUUCAUUACUCGCCUCUCCACGUUCCCCAGCAGACUCCACCUCCUCGAUCCCAACCAACUUCUCUUUCGGCCGCGUCGUAUUCGCCGACGGCCAGCAGGCGGAUCCUAGCCUCAGCACCCUCGUUGAUGAAAAGAAGCGCAAGGGCCCGCAGGAUGCGCAGACGGCGCUGAAAGCGCUCGAGGCCAAACAGGCGCGGUUGGAGGGACUGGACGAGGCCAAGCGAGCCAACAUUGAAGAGAAGGACAUGUGGCUAAACGCGAAGAAGCGGGCGCAUGGCGAGCGGGUGAAGGAUGAUGUAUCGCUGUUAAAGAAGACGUUGAAUCGCAAGACGGGAAUGAAGAAGAAGAGUGAGAAGGAGUGGAAGGAGAGGAUUGAAGGGGUAAUUAAGGGGAAGGAGAUGAGGCAGAAGAAGAGAGAGGAGAAUUUGAGGAAGAGGAGGGAGGAGAAGGGGAGUAAGGGGGGGAAGAAGAAGGGGGGGGGUGGUAAGAAGACUCCGGGUGCUAAGAAGAGGCCUGGGUUUGAGGGCGGGUUUAAGGCGAAGAAGAAGUGAAUGAGUGGAAUGAAUGAACGUGGUCUUGUUUACCCGGGUUUUGUAAAGGAGUGAGGUAGGGACGGGGGGGAGGGGGAAAGGUUUGAAUUGGAAGCGGUUUGGUCCGGCUAAUAUACCUCUGUUUUUUUUUUUUU